UUUACAUCACCUCAGUCAUGACACCCUCUAUUGUUUUAGCCAUUUUUACACUGGUUCUCUCUUCUAUUAUCUCCUCCAUUGAUGCUUCCUCUAAAGGUGGUUUCAGUGUAGAACUAAUCAAUAGAGAUUCUGUAAGUUCUCCUUUCUACAACCCAGAUGAAACUGAUACUCAAAGAUUAGCUAAUGCUCUUCAUCGAUCAAUGAGUCGUGUUCAUCGAUUUACCCAAACAAUCUCCACCACGAGUGCUCAGUCCGAACUGAUCUCGGCUCAAGGUGAAUAUCUUAUGAGAAUUUCAAUUGGAACUCCUGCUUUUGAAAUUUUGGCCAUCGCUGAUACAGGAAGUGACCUGAUAUGGACUCAGUGUGAGCCUUGUGAAGAGUGUUAUGAACAAGACGCUCCUUUGUUUAACCCAGAAAGUUCCUCUACAUAUAGAGACUUAUCUUGCAGUUCGAGCUCAUGUAAACUCCUCGGUGAAGAAUCAAGUUGCUCCCGCAAUGGUACUUGUCACUAUUCAUAUUCCUAUGGAGAUAAGUCUUACACUAAUGGAAAUGUUGCUGCUGAUACUAUAACUUUAGGUUCAACGACAGGUCGUUCCGUUGCACUUCCUAGAUCUAUUUUUGGUUGUGGACAUGAUAAUGCUGGAACUUUUAACAAAAAAGAUUCAGGUAUUAUUGGCCUUGGAGGCGGAUCCGUUUCUCUUAUUUCUCAACUGGGUUCCCAGAUUGAUGGAAAAUUCUCUUACUGUUUGGUUCCAAUCUCAUCUACAACUGGAACUUCAAGCAAGAUUAAUUUCGGACAGAACGGAGUCGUUUCAGGUCAAGGAGUGGUAUCUACGCCGUUAGUAUCCAAAAAUCCUGACACCUUCUAUUUUCUUACACUAGAAGCAAUAAGUGUUGGAAAUAAAAGAAUAGAGUUUGAGGGUUCUUCAUUUGGAACUACUGAAGGAAACAUAAUCAUAGACUCUGGAACUACAUUGACAUUAGUCCCACCAGAUUUCUUCUCAGAACUGUCAUCGGCAAUUGAUGAUGUUGUCAAGGGGACACGAGUGGAUGACCCAAAUGGAAUUCUUAGCCUUUGUUAUAGUUCUAUAUCUGAAGUCAGUCUUCCUACGCUUACAGUUCAUUUUAGCGGUGCAGAUGUGAAGCUCAAUCCUUUGAAUACGUUUGUUCAGGUUUCUGACGGCGUUGUUUGCCUCGCUUUCGGUUCAAUUGAGUCUGGUGCAAUAUAUGGGAAUUUGUCGCAGAUGAAUUUCUUGAUUGGCUACGAUCUUGAAGAGAAGACGGUGUCGUUUAAACCAACUGAUUGCACUCAGCAUUAAUGUUAGAGGUUAAUGUGUUUAUGCAUGGAAUUGAAGCAGGGUUGUGUUUCUGUUUGUUAAAAUAAACAAAAUUUCUACUGAGUGUUAUUGUCUUUUCGAGUAAUUUAACGACAUGGAAUAUUGUAAUUCGUUUCAUAUUCAAAUCUAUUUUUCAGUCUUCCUUUUUUUUUU